GAACGGGUCACUUCCGCUGACGUCACCAGGGACACGUGGAUCCAAGAUGGCGGCCGCUGCGGUGACGUAUGCAUGGCUGCUGAUCAGUCUCUGCCUUCUUCAUGGGACGGGUGCCUUCUAUGUACCCGGUGUGGCACCCAUAAAUUUCCACCAGGAUGCCCCUGUGGACAUUAAGGCUGUGAAACUGACCAGUUCCAGGACCCAGCUGCCCUAUGAAUAUUACUCCCUGCCUUUCUGUCAUCCAGAUACAGUCACAUACAAGGCAGAGAAUCUGGGUGAGGUGCUCCGGGGUGACCGCAUAGUCAACACUCCGUUCAAGGUGCAGAUGAACAGUAACAAGAAGUGCGAGAUUUUGUGUAGCACUCCCAGCAAGCCCCAGGUGCUGAAUGUGGAAGACAGCAAACUGUUCGCUGAGCGCAUCCAGGAAGAUUAUUAUGUCCACUUGAUAGCGGAUAACCUGCCGGUAGCUACUAGACUGGAUAUCCAUCUUGGCCACGAGGAGGAUGAUAAGAAGAAGGAGCGGGAUGUGCAGUUUGAGCAUGGAUACCGAUUGGGGUUCACUGACAACAACAAGUUCUACUUGCACAAUCAUUUGUCCUUCCUCUUGUACUUCCAUCGGGAGGUGGUGGAGGAGAAUCAGGAGCACACGUUUAGGAUUGUGAGGUUCGAGGUGGUACCACAAAGCAUCAGACUGGAAGACCUGAAAGGAACGGAAGAGCGAGCCUGCACAGUACCAGAUAGCUCCAAUUCUGCUCCCCAGGAGAUUGACCCAGCGAAAGAAAAUAAAUUGCUGUUCACAUACUCUGUGCACUGGCAGGAAAGCGACAUCAAGUGGGCUUCUCGUUGGGACACUUACCUAACCAUGAGCGACGUACAGAUCCACUGGUUCUCCAUCAUCAAUUCUGUGGUCGUUGUCUUCUUCCUGUCAGGUAUUCUGAGCAUGAUUAUAAUCCGAACACUAAGGAAGGAUAUAGCAAACUAUAACAAGGAGGAUGAUAUUGAAGACACGAUGGAAGAAUCAGGUUGGAAGCUGGUCCAUGGUGAUGUCUUCCGGCCACCCCAGUAUCCCAUGAUCCUCAGCUCUCUCCUAGGCUCUGGAAUUCAGCUCUUCUGCAUGGUCCUAAUUGUCAUCUUUGUGGCCAUGCUGGGAAUGCUGUCUCCAUCCAGUAGAGGUGCGCUUAUGACCACAGCCUGCUUCCUCUUCAUGUUUAUGGGUGUGUUUGGUGGGUUCUUCGCUGGACGCUUGUAUCGCACACUGAAGGGGCACCGGUGGCGCAAAGGAGCUUUUUGUACAGCGACGCUCUACCCCGGAGUGGUCUUUGGCAUUUGUUUCGUGCUGAAUUGCUUUAUCUGGGGGAAGCAUUCUUCGGGCGCAGUCCCGUUCCCUACCAUGCUGGCCCUAUUGUGCAUGUGGUUUGGAAUCUCACUGCCGCUAGUCUACUUAGGCUAUUACUUUGGCUUCCGCAAGCAGCCAUAUGACAAUCCUGUCAGGACCAAUCAGAUCCCACGCCAGAUCCCAGAACAGCGCUGGUACAUGAAGAGGUUUGUCGGGAUCCUCAUGGCUGGAAUUUUGCCUUUCGGCGCCAUGUUUAUUGAGCUGUUUUUCAUCUUCAGUGCUAUCUGGGAGAACCAGUUCUAUUACCUCUUUGGCUUCCUGUUCCUGGUGUUCAUCAUCCUCGUGGUGUCAUGCUCCCAAAUCAGCAUCGUCAUGGUUUAUUUCCAGCUGUGUGCAGAGGACUACCGCUGGUGGUGGAGGACGUUCCUGGUGUCCGGCGGAUCUGCGUUUUAUGUCUUGGUUUACGCUGUAUUCUACUUUGUAAAUAAGCUGGAUAUUGUGGAGUUCAUCCCAUCCCUGCUCUAUUUCGGCUACACCACCCUCAUGGUUCUGUCCUUCUGGCUCCUUACCGGCACUAUCGGCUUCUACGCCGCCUAUAUGUUCAUCCGCAAGAUCUACGCAGCGGUCAAAAUAGACUGAUGCCAGAGCUCCCUCGCCGUACAAUCCCAGCACAAGGCAGAGCCGGUCUCCUCCUCUCAAGACGCCAAUACCAGGGAGCCGCCAUUUAAUCAAAACCCAUCAUCCUCAUCCAGAAU